AAGACGAUGGGGAAAGAACGUAUCGAAGACAAAAAGUUAGUAGAUGGGACCGACAUGAAUAAGAAAACUGCUAAGGUGCAAGUGCAUAGCACAGACCAGUUAGGUCAAACAGCAAAUGAUGCUAGGGGCAACUUGGAGGAAGAGCUCAUUCGGCAAGAACUCGAUCAGGACGGUGAUGGGAAUAAUAGAAGCAACGUCACACGUGGUACUCCACUCAAGCCCAUCUGCGACCUGUCCGACCCUAGGUAUGACAUCUGCGAGAUCUCUGGGGACGCCCGUGCCAUCGGCGCCAACUGUACCGUCCUCUAUGUCCCGCCCGCCGAUGAGCGCGGCCCUGAUGGCGCGGAAUGGACCAUCAGGGACCAGUCUCGCAAGGACCUAGGAUACAUCGACAAGGUGAAUGUCAAGACCCUGAGCGCCGCCCAGUCCCUGGUGGCGCCGAAGUGCACCUCCCGGCAUGCUGUCCCGGCCGUCGUGUUCGCCAUGAACGGGCUGACGUCCAACCCGUGGCACGACUUCAGCGACGUCCUGAUCCCGCUCUUCAUCACCACCCGUGCCUACGACGGCGAGGUCCAGUUCCUCGUAACCGACUUCCGGCCGUGGUUCGUGGACAAGUACCGGCUCAUCCUCACCAACCUGUCACGCUACGACAUCAUCGACUUCAACAAGGACACUGGUGUCCGGUGCUACCCACACAUCGUAGUCGGCCUCCGCAGCCACAGCGACCUCGGCAUCGACCCGACCCGCACGCCAUACAACUACACAAUGUUGGACUUCCGCAUGUACAUCCGAGACGUCUUCUCACUGCCGCCAGAAGGCCAAGGAAUCCCGUUCAAGGAGGCUAACAAGAAGAAGAAAAACGGUGGCACUAGCACGGAGGAACAAAAGCCGCGCCUCAUGCUCAUCAACCGCGCCGGGAUCAGGAAGUUCGUCAACCUUCCAGAGAUCUCCGCGGCGGUGCAGGCCGCCGGGUUCGAGGUGCUGGUCGUGGAGCCGCUGCGUGACAUGAGACUCGAGGAAUUCUCUCGGGAGGUGGACUCGUGCGACGUGCUGAUGGGCGCGCACGGGGCCGCGCUCACAAGCUUCUUCUUCCUCCGCACCAACGCGGUCAUGCUGCAGGUGGUGCCAUGGGGCUUAGAGAGGGAGGCCAUGAGUUACUUCGGCGUGCAUGCCAAGGACAUGAUGUUGCAGGACAUGGAGUACAGCAUCACCGUGGAGGAGAGCACGCUGUAUGAGAAGUAUGGCAAAGACCACCUGGCGGUACGUGACCCAGAGGCACUACGUAAGCAGGGGUGGCAGUUGUUAAGGAAGUACUUGUGGGACGAGCAGGACAUCAGGCUUAACGUCACCAGAUUUUCUCCCACUCUACACCAGCUGCUUCGAACGCUCGGUGAAUAGAGGAUAGGAAAUACUACUAGUAGGUUACAAGAAGGUUGAAACAACAAAUU